AUGGCCUCAACUAUAUUAACAAAAGUUAAAUGUUGCACAGAAUCUUUAGUUAUAAGCUUCUGUGAAAGAAAAGAAGAUUAUGUGGAAUUAAUAGCCAAGGGUGAUCUGGGGUUUAUUUGUUCUGCAUGCAUAAUAAAUGAGUCCUUGGUAUAUUUAGAUCUGCGUUUCUCUACCUUAGUGUUUUACUCUCCACAUGAUUCUGUUUUAGCAAAAUGCAACCCGUCCUCCUUUUCCAUUUCAGUACUUCCUGUCUCUUUUUCUCAAUCUAUUGAUGGGAGAAAUGAAGUUAGUAUUUGUCCUUCUUCUUUUGAUAUUUGGCUUCAUUUGGCUGAGUGGACCAAGGUUGUUAAAUUCCUUAAUAAUUUCCAUGUACAUUCGGAAAAAGCCCCUGAGAAAUCUAUGACAAAUAGUUUGUCCAUGAAUGCUUCUGAAAGCACCUCAGUACCUUAUACCUCACAAGAGAUUAAGGAUGAUCUCUUAAUAAUUAAGUCAGAAAAUGUCUGUAUUACAUUUCAUAUCCCUGUUUGGAUUGGCGAAGAAGCUUGUGUGGAAUUACAGCAUGCUGAAGGUCUCAACGUGACACCUUCAAGUGUAUCCUCUGAUAUAGUAGAAUUCAAAGAUGCAAAAUUUCUUACUGUUUCUUUCAACAUGAAUGGUUUUGAAUUAAUCAUAAGAAGCAUGGGUAUCCAAUUGAAGUCCAUGAUAGAUAAACUAAGUGGUGUAAUAUUGAUAGUUGAGAAUGGAAGGCAUAAAUCUAUGCCACUUUUUGAUGUAAUUGAGGUUGAUGUGUAUGUUGUACUAUGUAAGAAUCAUACGAAUGCCAUCAAACUGAAUGUGGAGAUUCUAUGUGAUAAUUCACAUGUAUGA